CUGUCUUCGAUGGUUCAAUGGUAAGAUUUUUGAAGAGUAAAAACGGAGAAGGCCCGAAAACAUCUGUUUUACUGGUGCUUGACCACCCACCAACGCUCGUUUAAUCUUAAAGAGGUUCAGAUUUGAUUUGAUAGCAAUGUAUUAGCUCGAAAGACACUGGCGAUGCAAAAUGAUCAAGUAGUUAGAAUGUCAGGAAAUGAGGUGACCAAUUUAGUAGAAUCAAUAAAAUGUCUCAAUGGUACUCCCAUGAUAUGCAGUAAGCUGAUUAAAUGCUGUGGAUGUUCUUUUUUUCGUGUUUUUUUUUUUAACUUCUCUCCAAUCCAUCAAUGCCAACAAGACGUCAAGUUUUGCGAGUCCUAAAUUGGCUCAUUAAGACGAAUUAGUUUUAAAUGCCCCUUAGCAUAUUUAAAAUACAAGCAAGCCCCUCGAAAAACACCUUCGAGUAGUUUCUGACUUGGUGAACUCUUCGCCCUUGAUUUUAGCUAUUUUUCAAUCUUUGGUUUUACUCGGCUCUCUUGCAGAAUCAAGGUCAUCAAGAUGAGGCUGACGUGAUGACAAUGACCACCAAUGAAUGCAACGGCAACAGAGACAAAGAGAACUGCUGCAGUACCGAGGAACACGACGUGGAAGGUGGAAAAAUGCCCGAUUCCUGCCUUGUCAAUCGUUAAUGGGCCAUUCUCGGAUUACCACUCGUGUACGAGUAUCAACUAGCAAGCGGGUCCCGUUGCUGCCCGUCCGUUGGCCCGCUGGCCCGCCGGCCCGCCAACCCGUCGGCCAGACUUCCAGAAGCAGACAAAACACGUCAAAUCUAAUGAGUCAAGGUCUGGGAAAUACGAGACGAAAACCUCACACACCACUCAGCGUCCCAACCAACCCAAGAGCCCCGGGUAUUCUCCGGCGUCAAACACGCGUAAAUCGGCUCGAGCUUCCAUUUCCUAGCGGACGCCGAAGCCGACAAAAAUGCUUGGCAACAAGCGAACACUACAAUCAAUUCGAGCCUUUCCAUCCGUCAAAGCCCCGGUAUCAAUAUUGAAUCGGGGCAGGGAAAACCUGAAACGGACCGACAAUGACAACAGACCCUCUCGUCGUGGCAAUGAUCUUGAUCAAAGAGAUGAUGAUGGUGGCGAUGAUGAUGAUGAUGAUGAUGAUGAUGCUGGCAACAACGACAAGACGAGCAUCAACGUGGCUCGUCCAUCCCAACCUACCUUAAGUCAGAAAAGGCUGCCCAUUACUAGGGUGAGACAAGCUCCAGAACAAAAAGGAUCGCUCCAAUUUGAUAAGAUCACACACCAAUUAAUGGAGAAAAAAGUCCUCGGACUUGGACGAGAUUCGUAUCUGAAGUUCGAAGAAUUAUCUCGACCACUAAAAGUCAGGCAUUUCGAGCGUACUCCAACAAUAUUAACACGCAACAACCACAACUCAUCAACUGGGAAUCAAAAGCAAAAGAUUACUCAGGCCCAACACCCGCCUCCAUCACAACUCAAACCCAAACCAACACGAACUCGAGGAAGACGUCGGAAAGAGCUACCACAAGGGCAAGGGCAAAAACAGCUUAAGUCUCGCAAAAAACGAAGCCUUCAGACUCCUCAAGUGCUUGAGCGUAGUCGAAAGGUAUUUCGCAUGCAAACGACCCACAUUUCAGGGAAAGAGGAUGAGCAUCCGAAGAACAAAUUGGGGAAAGAUAUGCCAUCCAACAUUGGAAUUAAUUCCAAAAAAGUCACCAAAUAUGGUAAGCCCGUGGAAAAAGCCGCAGGGCCCAAGGGCUUUCAUCGUCACCUUGGCUUUGGUACAAAAUUUGCUGCAAGCGAGAAAGUGUCCAACCCAACUAUCGUGGCUCGAAAGCACCGUGCAGUUCGACCUGACCUCAAGGGAACUCAAAAAAACCCUUUCCAAGCUCGGAUUAACCGCCCAAAUCCAAAUUUCCCUUCGAUAGGCAAGCCUAAAAUGACUAUCAAUCGGCACGGAGCUUCAAGGCAAAUCGAGAAGAAAAUGGCAGCAUCAACCAACUCGAAAACCAAUGCCAUGGAAAAGAGAUUUCGGGCUAUGCCAAGGGCGAACGAUAGGAAGACCUGGCAUGCAAUCCCACCGAAGGGUGAGAAAAUCAGUCCAAUGUCAAGAAAAAAUGAACGAGGAAUCUUGAGAAUGAAAGUCCACUUUCAGGUAGCACUCCCGUCCGAAAUUAUGAAGAAAAGACAACUGGGACAGCACCAGCAGCACCAUCAUCAUCAACGUCAUCAACCGCAACAACAAGGGCCACAACAACUAACACUACGACAGCAACAACAAAGGCCACAACAACUAACACUUCGACAGCAGCAACUAAGGCCACAACAACUAACUCUUCGACAGCCACAACGGCAACAACUACUACAACACAAGUCACAAAAGGGGAAAUCUUACCCCCAGCCCUUCGCCAAUUCGAACAAACACUUGAACAAAAGGGUGAAUUUUCAAUCUCAGUUUCCACGUAAGAAGGGGAUGGAUUGUCAUUCACCUCCCAAUGAAAGCGAAAUAGCUCGUCGUCAAACCGAGUUGGAAAGAUUUCGCCAUGGCACUGCAGAUCGAUGGAAAUGGAGAGGUUAUGUCAAAUGACAUUCCUUUGACAUUAGCUUGAGAUAGUUAGAUAGGUCAAUCAGGGGGUCUAAGUAGGGGGCAUGAACCUAAUGAUCAUACUUUGGCAUUAGACUAAAAUUGUGUUUGGACCUUUGAUUUGGGUCACAUUAAAAUAAGGGCGAUUUCCCGAAAAAAGGUAUCUCCUUCAUCAAUAGAUUUCGUAUGUUGUUAAUGUUUAAUUAUCAGCAAUAAUACUCGCAAAUCAUGACCAUUAGAAAAGGCUUAACGUAUCAUACACGUACAUCUGAGAAAGCUAUCUUCAUGAAAGAUUUCCUCCUUAUCUUCCUUAAAAGCUAAUGUACUUACGCGUAUGUCCGUGAGACGCUUUCUUGUCAGAAAAAAGUUGUAUUACUACAAAUACAGGAACUUUCCUUUAGAAAGAAUUUUCGAAAUUGUGUUCCAUGACGAAAUGGUUAAUUAAGGUUAGUAUCUUGACAUCCAAGCUGUUCAGAGUGUAUGACAAAAAAGCUGAGCUCAGAUAGAGGUUUCGAAAUCAAAUGCUUUUAUCUGCCCUCCAUUUGGAGAAAUACUCGAACUCGUAUUCAUCCAACAAUGCUGAGAUUUCCCAUUCCAGUCAAGCGCUCGAUGGGUCCAUCGAAGUGUCAAAAUAUGGUGGUUUGGAAAAUGACAUUUUGCAGAGUGGAUGAUUCAGAACAAAAAAUAAGAGUAAGGGAUCUUUGUAUUGAAGAAAGAGGGAAGGUGGGUGUAGCGGCCAAGAGGUUUAUUGCAUAUCCGGAUCCUUUUCUACUUUAUGCUUAGUUAUUGUCUUAUUGUAAUCCAAAACCUACAACUGGACGUAUCAUGAGACGGAUUCAAUCCAAGAAGCCUUGUCACUACGCUAAUAAUCAAAGACGUGGGCGCUAGUUCAAUCGAUGCACUUUCACGUCAACUGUUAGGAAUAUUUAAGGUUGUAAGUCUUUACACAUUUCAGUUUUUUCCGGAUCUGUUGAGCGCAUCUUUAAUACGGCAGAAUUUUUUUUUAAUAUUUGAGGUUGCGAUAAUACUAUGGCUUAAAUUCCGUCCUUUGGAAUCUUGGAUGAUGAUUGUUUUUAUUUAUCGAUUUACAGCUGUACAGUUUACUUUGAGUUAAAACGUUUACAUUUGACAACGUUUGUCUCUUUCUCCAGAAUGAAUAUUUUACUAUUUAGUAGUGCUGACUGUAUGCACCACACAUGUUUGUAAUGAAUCGUUUGACAGGUUUUGAGUUCCGUUAAAAUGUUAAUAUUUGCCUGUUUCUUUCCUUUUCGUCCAACUCGCGACUUUUUAUAUAAGCAUUUUCAUUCAAGUAUGAUUUUAAGUCGUUUGCUGUACCCUUGGUGAAGUAGUUUUUUCUUAAAUUUGUUCUAUUUCAUGACAACCGCUUUAAAGUUAUGCCAGUGGAUGGGAUCAAAUAAAAACUCACUCGAGGUUGCAAUCUGACUCGAAUCGCUCGAACCUAUGAGCCCGAGUACAACUCGGUCGGGCAUUGAUCAACUUUUAGGUAAGUGCAAAUAUGACCUCAAUACUGAGGUCAGAUGAGAUGGAUGUCCUUGGGGUUAAAUUUGAUUACAAGUUCACGGUAAACCCCCAUAAUGCCAACGUGAUGAAAGCAGCAAGGCCGCGUUCCAAUAUGAUCAAGAGGCUGUCACA